UUUUUCACUCAGCCUACUGACUGGGUUCACUUUGUGCAAGUGCUUUGGUCCUUCCGGCAUGGCUUUGUUUUUUAGUGAUCGUUUGUGAGGAUUGGCAGUUGUUACCCCUUCAAGAUGUAAAUGCAGUUCUGAUUUGCACAUUUAUAAAUUAAAUUUGCAACUAUGAGAAAGGCUGGAGAGCGCCACACAAGUGAUGCAGAAUUUAGAUCCCUCAUCAGAUAACAUUCCAUGGAUUCUGUGCAAUUGCAGCUGCACUGAACAAAGUACUGUAGGAGCUCAGCACUAUUAACUGAAAUUUGAAAAGGGGAUUAAGAGGACUGAGCUCUGUUCCAACCAUGGCUCAGACUAAUAAGGUGCUGGUAGCUGCCCCUCCAGACGGAGGCUGGGGAUGGAUGAUCGUUGCUGGCUGCUUUAUUGUCACCAUUUGCACCCGGGCUGUCACCAGAUGUAUCUCCAUUUUUUUUGUGGAGUUCCAAAUGCACUUUGCUCAGGAUUACUCAAAGACAGCAUGGAUCCAUUCUUUGGUGGACUGCACAACAAUGCUCUGUGCCCCACUUGGCAGCUUCAUUGGGAACCGCCUGUCUUGCCGAUUUGCAGUAAUCUUAGGAGGAUUCAUGGCUUCGACGGGUCUUAUUCUGAGCUCCUUUGCCACCAGCCUGGAGAACCUCUAUCUGUCACUGGGAGUCCUUACAGGCAUUGGAUUUGCACUUUGUUACACCCCAGCCAUCGCCAUGGUAGGAAAAUAUUUCUGCAAAAGGAAGUCACUGGCUUACGGGGUUGCUAUGUCGGGGAGCGGUAUCGGGACCUUCAUUCUGGCUCCAGUGGUUCAACACCUGAUUGAACUUUACUCCUGGCGUGGGGCACUCCUGCUGCUCGGGGGGUUUGUCGCCAACCUGUGUGUGUGUGGCGCUUUAAUGAGACCCAUCACCCUUAAGGAAGAGCAGCUGAGCGGCGUGUUGUCUGUCGAUGAAGAGAACACUUACAACAAACAGCAAAACAACUUGAACUCCAAGUCUGCCUGCAAACCAGGGCAGCCUAUCAGGACAGACUGCCUGAACAGAUGUGUCUUCUUCCAGUCACUGCAGGAGUAUAGCUUCUUCCUGAUGCCUGAUUUCAUGGUGCUAGCAGUGUCCAUCCUCUUCCUGGCCUACGGCUGCAGUGUUCCAUUUGUUUACUUAGUGCCUUACGCCCUGAACGUUGGGGUUAGCCACCAGAACUCUGCUUUCUUGAUGUCCAUAUUGGGGGUGAUUGGUAUUGUUGGGAACAUUACCUUUGGAUGGCUGACAGAUCGAAGGUGUUUGAAGAAGUACCGUUAUUUUUGCUUCUUGGUUGCUGUUGGCAUGGAUGGCCUCUGUUGCCUCUUGAUUCCCACCCUGCAGAGUUUCCCUCUGUUAGUGCCAUUCUCAGUGCUUUACGGGUACUUUGAUGGGGCGUACGUGGCCCUCUUGCCUGUAGUAACAUCAGACAUUGUUGGAACUCAGUACCUCUCUUCUGCCCUCGGAGUGGUCUUUUUUCUUCAUGCUAUACCCUAUCUCAUCAGUCCACCGAUCGCAGGCUGGCUAGUGGAUCGAACAGGCACCUACACAGCUGCCUUCAUGCUCAGUGGAUUUUCCAUGAUUUUCAGCUCAGUUUUGCUGGUGUGUGCUGCUUUGAUUAAGAAGUGCUUUAGAACUCGGUCUGGGUCUUACUCCACCAACUCGGACCCCAAACUCCAAAUCUGGACAAACACUGGCGAGACAGAUUACUGUGUAGCGGCAGAUCAAGAACCGAAGCCUGUAUGAUAAAGACUCCAAAGUAUACCUUAUAGGACUGCACAAGUAGUUAGAAUAUUCAAAUAUAGUUUUUUAAACAUGUCCAAAAAAAGCUUCUUUUUUUUUAUUUGUACUGUCUGUUUUUAUACCAAAGUAUUGUGGAUGA